UUGUUGUUACUCACCAUAACAAAAUAAACUCAGAACAAGAAAUCGUGAAAAAUAACAAAACAUAAAAAGCGCGAAACUAGUUUUUUACCCGGCGAGUUCUUUUUUUUUCUUCUUGUUCUUCUCUCUACGAAGCUAUAACAAGAAGAAGAAAGUAGAAACGCUUUUUUUCAAGUUCCGGGUGAUCUGAAAAUGACGUCGGGGACAAGAACGCCGACUUGGAAAGAAAGAGAGAACAACAAACGAAGAGAGCGGAGAAGACGAGCGAUUGCGGCUAAGAUCUUCGCAGGGCUAAGGAUCCAUGGAAACUUCAAGCUGCCUAAACACUGCGACAACAACGAAGUCCUCAAAGCCUUGUGCAAUGAAGCUGGCUGGACUGUUGAAGAAGACGGAACUACUUACCGCAAGGGAUGCAAACCAAUGGAUCGAAUGGAACUCAUGAAUGGUUCUACUUCAGCGAGUCCAUGUUCAUCAUAUCAACAUAGCCCUCGUGCUUCCUACAAUCCAAGCCCUUCUUCUUCAUCCUUCCCGAGUCCUACUAACCCAUUUGGUGAUGCUAACUCACUAAUCCCUUGGCUCAAGAACCUCUCUUCAAACUCGCCUUCCAAGCUUCCAUUCUUCCAUGGAAAUUCGAUAAGCGCUCCUGUGACUCCGCCAUUGGCUCGAAGCCCUACUCGUGACCAAGUGACCAUCCCUGACUCUGGAUGGCUCUCUGGAAUGCAAACCCCACAGAGCGGACCGUCUUCUCCUACUUUCAGUUUAGUUUCAAGAAACCCGUUUUUCGACAAAGAGGCAUUUAAAAUGGGAGAUAGUAACUCGCCAAUGUGGACUCCUGGACAAAGUGGAAACUGCUCUCCAGCUAUUCCUGCUGGUGCUGAUCAGAACUCUGAUGUGCCAAUGUCUGAUGGAAUGGCGGCUGAGUUUGCCUUUGGUUGUAACGCAACAGCCGUGAUAGGAAUGGUGAAGCCUUGGGAAGGUGAAAGGAUACAUGGAGAAUGUGUUUCAGAUGAUUUAGAACUUACACUUGGAAACUCAAGAACCAGAUGAUGCUUUGCUUUCACAGAACAGUCAUCAAUCAAACUCUCUUAUCAUAUUAGUUCCUUUUUUCUUCUUUUUUUGGGUCUGUUUUUUGUUUUUGUUUUUUGGGUGUGAUGUUGAAAGGUGAUUGAGAGGAAGAAAAGAAAGAAAAGAAAAGAGGACAUUUUGAGCUCUGUUUUUUACUUAUUUUUUUCUUUUGGUUGGUUUUUCACUAAAGUUGUAGUUAGAAUCUAUUCUAUCUAUCAAAUAGGUUUUUCUUUUUUUUUUUAAUUGUAGUUCUUGGAAAUGAUUUGAGA